AGCCGGAGGGACCCGCCGAGCUGCGGCCGCUGCAGAGGAGCCCGACGACGAGGCGCAGGAGCAGCCGGAGCCGGAGCCGCAGCCACCGCCGGGCCGAGCAUGUUGCCGGCGCGGGCCCAGCUCGGGAGGAGGCGGAGGACGGCGACGCGGACAGCCCCCCGCCGGGACCGGGCCCAGCAGCAGCAGCAGCGCCCGCGGGCAGACGGAGCGCUCCAAGCCAGCCGCCCUUCCUUGGCCCCUGACACGAUGGAAGACCACCCCGGCUGGUCUACGGUAUAGAAUGGUAGCGCAUAGCAGCCUGACGCCUGAGAAUGCCAGUGCGACGGAGCUGCGGCGGCGUCUGGAGCCCCCCGGGCGAGACCCUUCCUGGCCCCGGGUCCCCCACGGCCUGGCCAGUCCGGACACCCACUUCCACACCUUCCGCUCCCAGGCAGACUUCAGCAGCAUCAUCCACACCAGUGCCAUGCUGGAGGCGUGCGGCUUCUACUGGGGGCCGUUGUCUGUCAGCGCUGCCCACGAGAAGCUCCGGGGGGAGCCGGUGGGCACCUUCCUCCUCCGGGACAGCCGGCAGAAGAACUGCUUCUUCACGGUUAGUGUUAAGACCGCCUCGGGCCCUACCAGCAUCCGGGUCAUCUUUCAGGCGGGCCGCUUCAGCUUGGACGGUAGCAAAGAGGAUUUUGACUGUCUCUUCAAGCUGCUGGAACAUUACGUGAGCUCCUCGCGGAAAGUCCUGGUCGCCCCCCUGCGCAAAGUCCGCAUGCGCUCCUUGCAGGAACUGUGCCGCAAAAGCAUCAUGACCGCGCUCGGGGGAGAGAGUCUAAGCCGCGUCCCCCUCAAUCCGGUUUUAAAGGAUUACCUGGCGUCUUUUCCAUUUAAGUUGUGAAAACUCUGCAUUAAACCUCCAUGAAUGAGCGAGAAGGGCCAGCGGUACCUCCGGGCACUGGAGCAUCGGGGUUCUCCCCCCACAAGUGUGGCCACUACAGUCUCAAGGGCCACAUGGGAGGAAUCCACUUGUGCAUUGGAAAACGUGGUCCUAGGGGUUGUGGAAAAGGCUGAGCGCUUGGAAGGGUCUUCCGUGUGGUUGACAAAUGCACGAAGAAAUCCAACGUCUGGGUUUUCAGGAACUUAUUGGACGCGAACCCGUCUAUUUUUGUAGCAGUUCCGCUGGACUGGGUGACGGCGCUUGAGAACACUUGACUUUCGAUGUUUACACACAAAUGGGGGAAAAAAACUCUUUGCACAAUUUGGGGCUCUGGGAAGCCCUG